AUGCUUCGAAUAUCCGAAUGCGUGAUUCGUCAAUCCGUAAAGACGCUUCUCCGGAACGCCAUCCGCUGUCAGGCAACUGCACCCGAAGUACCAAGCCAUGAGCCGGUUCGAGGCAAGGAACCGAAAUAUACGAAGUUAUUCAUCAAUAACGAAUGGAAGGAUUCCGUGUCCGGAAAAACCUUUCCCACUCACGAUCCGGCAACAGGCGAGAAAAUCACCGAGGUACAAGAGGCCGAUACUGAGGAUGUGGAUUUGGCUGUCCGAGCCGCUCGUCAAGCCUUCCAAAUGGGUUCACCAUGGCGUCGCAUGGACGCUUGCGAUCGAGGGGUGCUGUUGAAUAAACUGGCCGACUUGAUGGAGCGGGAUCGGGUGCUUCUAGCGAGUCUUGAGUCGUUGGACAAUGGAAAACCGUAUACAGUGGCCUAUACUGCCGAUUUGGCGUUAUCAAUAAAAUGUUUGAGGUAUUUCGCCGGUUGGGCUGAUAAAAAUCAGGGUAGAACAAUUCCAAUUGCUGGCGACUACUUUUGCUAUACACGUCAUGAGCCGGUCGGUGUUGUGGGACAAAUCAUUCCGUGGAAUUUCCCAUUGUUAAUGUUGGCUUGGAAGUUGGGACCAGCACUCUCGAUGGGUAAUACGGUGGUGAUGAAGCCAGCCGAACAGACACCCCUGACGGCGUUAUAUGCUGGUUUUCCGCCCGGUGUCGUGAAUAUGUUGCCGGGUUAUGGGCCAACGGCAGGUCAAGCCAUCUCCAUACAUCCGCACAUCGACAAGCUUUGCAGGAUCACAUUGGAGCUGGGUGGUAAAAGUCCAAAUAUCAUCUUUGCCGAUUGCGAUAUCGAGGAAGCUGUCAAGCAAGCCAAUUUUGGUCUGUUCUUCAAUCAAGGCCAAUGCUGUUGUGCUGGCACGCGAACCUUUGUGGAGGCGAAAAUCUACGAUGAAUUUGUGGAACGUUCAAAAGAACUGGCGCAGAAGACGGUUAUCGGUGAUCCGUUCGACGUUAACACCGAGCAAGGACCUCAGAUUGAUGAAACCCAAAUGCACACCAUUCUGAGAUAUAUCGAAUCCGGAAAGCACGAAGAUGCGAUACUGGUUACCGGUGGGAAACGACAUGGAGAUAAAGGUUACUUCAUCGAGCCAACCAUAUUCGCUGGUGUACGAGAUCAAAUGACGAUCGCACAGGAAGAGAUAUUCGGUCCAGUAAUGUCAGUGAUCAAAUUCGACAGCAUGGAGAAUCUACUGGAGACGGCCAAUAAUACCAUCUAUGGUCUGGCGGCUGGAGUGGUCACCAAGGAUUUGGAUAAGGCCAUGCAUGUGGCGAAUAAUAUCCGUGCUGGAACCGUGUGGAUAAAUUGCUACGAUGUUUUCGAUGCUGCGGCGCCGUUCGGUGGUUAUAAACUAUCGGGAAUUGGUCGUGAAUUGGGCGAAUAUGGUCUGGAAGCUUAUACUGAAGUGAAAACGGUCUGUAGUCUUCAUGAAACUUUUUUUUUAAAGUUUUUACGAUGA